AUGAAUGAUGACAAAUAUUGUCACAACAGAUUUGUUUUGGAGGAUGAGGAAGAUAAUCUUAAACUUGUUUGCGGAGAGAAAAUUGUCAAGGAAGAGGAUAAUGUUGGAGGCACCCGUGGAGAAGUUGUUUUUGCUGUCUUGUUUCUUGGAUAUAUUUGA